AUGAACAAAGCAGAAGAGGAGCAGUUGUUACAGGAUGCGUCUACGUUGUUGAUGUUUGCAAAUGUUGCAGCAAAACAGCAGAUACAGCACGCCCCACUGGCCACAUCGUAUCUGCCAGAAAGCCUGGUGCAGGAGCAGCAGCAACAGCAGAGCCUGAAUAACCCCCUGAUCAAGUCUUCCUCACGGUCCCCGAUUGAAAAUCUGCCUAUAUCUUAUCCAAACUUCCACAACAUCCACUCAAGAACCCCCUCCGGGUCCGGCCCUGUCCAACCUACACAUCCUAGUCCUGCGACGAACGAGCAGAGAAUACCUGAGGUCAAGCACGAGGCAUCGGCAAGUAAGGGGUACUACUUUCCUGUGGCAAGCACCGAGCUGGAGCAACAACUGCAACAGCCACAGAAUCAGCCACCCCAACACCAACAGCAGCAGCAACUGCAACAACCGCUGGAUAAAUUACCACCCCAGGCGUCGUUCAAAUCUCAUAAAAGGGUAGCCUCUUCGGGCAGCUCGGGUUCCUUUAGGCACUCCCCUGGCCCAGCUAAUAUUGCGUCAGCAGGAGGCAUAAUAGAAAGCGGCAACAAUAGAAACUCUUCCAAUAAUGCCAUGAUUGUAGCAGCAGCGUUGGCUGACGCUGCCAGCAUUCCCUUACCAUUGUUGAAGAAAACUGAGGACACCAAGAGAAUAGCUGAAGUAGUUGACAGCGCCAGCUCAAAACCAGAUGAGACUGAAGUUGAAGAGGAUGCAACUGAAGAUGAGAAGGAGAGCAAAAAUGUAGAUGAGAGAAGCACCAAUACCACCCUAGAGGAUAGUUCGCCGCAGGCACAGAAUGAGGAGAUCGAUCGAAAGCAUCAACCCAGUCAAGACCAUAAUAAUAAUGAGGUAUUACCUCCUGCUUCACCGAAAGUCGCUCCAACUCAAAUCAAUGUAGAAAUACAAAAGGUGAGCCCUGUUUUGCAACUGGCACUGGUCGUUACUCAAGUGAAACCUUUAAGUGAUUCUGACAUUUCUAGUAGUGCUGACCAAGUAGCACUCGAAAGUAAUCAAGUGAAGAUCGAACCUUCCGUUCAGAACCCUCCUGAAGGACCUAAAAUUGCAGGGUCUGAACCUGAAGCUGUACCCAUUCCUCCCCUCACAUCCUACAAAGUUGACCCAGAUGCUGGAACAAUCGGGUGCAUUUGUGGAAUUGACGAUGAUGAUGGAUUCACAGUGCAGUGUGAUAUAUGCUUCAGGUGGCAACAUUGUCUUUGUAUGAACCUCAUGACUAACGAAGAAGUUCCAGAUAUUUAUAAAUGUUACUUCUGUGACGAACAUAAAUGGGGUAAAUUUGAUCCUGAGGACUGUAGGAAGCAAACUUUAGCAAGGCUUGAGAAUGAAAGAUUGGGCGACGAGAAUGAACCUGAGUUCAAAAAGGAAUUGAAAAGGAAACAUCUGAACUCAGAAAAGGGUGACAAAAAAAGAAAGACUCUGGAAAGUAAGAAGAGGAAAGAUGACGAGGAUGUGAAAAAGGGUGAACUUGGAACUGGUUUAGAACUAGGUAAGACUGACGAGAAGUUUGCAAAUGAAACUAAACUUCUUAAUAACACUUCUGAAAGCAACGGUGGAAAUUCUGGUAAUGGUAGUAGCGGUGGUAGUUUAUCCAACUCCCAAGCUCAAGCUCAAGCUCAAGCUGAGAUACUUUCGUUACCAAACAAGGACAACGACUUAUUGGAAGGAGGCAUUGCAGCUGAAUCGUAUCAAGGGACAUACUAUAAACUAAGAGACAACGAUUAUAAGACCCAAUCAAUAAAACUUGCCUUUGAAGAACUUGCUCAGAUGAAUCUAAAGAAUAAAGCAGUUGAAUCGCUUUCAAAAGUGGAAUUCAAGAAUAUUAGAUUCAGCAAAAUCAUUCUUCCAAAUUACGAAAGAAAACUACAACAGAUGAAAAAGAAAUCGUCAACUUCGUUUAAUGAUACAUCAAUUCAAGUGAAGCAGUAUUCGGAUAACCAAAAACAGAAAUUCAACGGAAUCUCAAGGUUAGGACUAUUUAUUUCAAAGAGGAAGCAAGGGAGUGGAGGAAUAAUUCCUGAAAAUACUCCUGUGAUAGAGUACUUAGGUGAAUUGAGCCUUUUUCAACAAUAUAUUGAUGACAAAACAAACCAAUAUAAUUUAUGGGGGGUUCCUAAACCACGGGUCCUCAAAACUGAGUUGCCAUUUGCAGGAAAUGAAAGUAGUUCUGGAGCAUCGGUUGGUAUAAUCUCUGAUGCGAGAUUCGUUGGUAAUGAAUCGAGGUUUAUCAGAAACUCUUGCCCAGCUAAUGCUAAUUGUAUAAUCAAGCCAGUCUUCAUCAAAGAACAAAAGAUUUUCAAACUUUUAGUUGUCACUUCAAAGCCAAUCAUAUUUGGGCCUGAUCAAUCUGAAGAAGAAUUGAGGAUAGAGUGGCAAUGGGAUGAAAAGCAUCCAAUUCGCAGAAUGUAUGAGAAAAUUGAAGAACCAGGCACUGGUACAAAUAAUACUCCAGGUGGAGGUAAUAAGCAAGAAGCAAUUAAGUUUGAUCAAUUUUCCGAGACCGAUAAGGGUCUAUUAAUAUCAGGUGUUGAUAACGUCUUGAAUUUUGCUGAGUGUGCUUGUGGAACAGCCUCUCCAGUUGCAAAUAGCAAUUGUGUACUUUUCAAGAUCAAGAAGGCAACUGCAUACUUGUUAAGAUCUACACGAAAGGCUCUAAGCGUUGGCAGUUUAGGUUUGGGGAAGUCCAGAGAAUUGUUAAUCAUUAAUAAGAACCCAAAAAAGUAUAUUUCAUGGCAAGAAAGAUUAGAUGAAAGAGAUAGAACUAUUACUAUGGAUCUAUUAUGCGAAGUUGGCCAAGAAGAUAUCAAAGAUCGUCAAGAUGGUGGUGCUGCAGAAGCUGCCGAAUCAGAAGAAAAAUCACUUCAUGAGUCAGGAAGUGCUACGGAUGACGUAUCUAUGAAUGGAACUGCAGAGGAUGAAAAGGCUGACGCAGAUGACAUGGAAAUCGAUACCGAGGCAAAAUCCACUGAGGGUUCAAAUCAAACUAAGUCAAUUGUAGAAGCGAGAGUCCCAUAUAGGGAGCAAUUAAUUGCUAAGAGCCGAAAACUCAAAGACGUGACUGUUGAACUCAAUAAGGCGGCAAACGGAGCAAGCAAAAAUCUCUGUGCCCCAAUAGUUCCAGAGUUGAUAAUAAAGAUUCAAAAAGAAGUUAGUGAAAAGAUUGCUCUUCCAGUGAAUAUUGUGCGUAUAACGAACGAAAAAUUCAAAAUUGAACCAGUUGUUGAAAGCAGCAUAGCGUCAAAGGCCGUGCCUGGGGUUCUUGAAAGAAAGUUUUCUUCAGCAUCUAUAGCUGCAAAUACUGCUGUGGAUAACGUGGCUGUUGUUGACCUGGUAAAGGCAGCUGCGAGCGUAAACCCUGGUAUUCCGGCAGCCUCUGAAAAGCCUUCUGCUCCUUUAGAAGUGAAAAAUGAGACAGUUGCACCCAAACCACCGGUGGUUAAAAAGCUUUCGUUUGCAGAUUACAAGAAGAAAAUGAAAUAG